GCUGGAUUACGACCCUGCUGACCCGGAGACCAAAGGCAACUAUCUGGCCGUGGGUACGAUGCUACCACAGAUCGAAGUGUGGGAUCUGGAUGUGGUGGAUGCAAUAGAGGCCGUCUGUGUACUGGGACAGGUGCCUGAGGUGGAGAAGGUGGUUAAGAAAUCGAAGAAGAAGGGCAAAAACGGUACGUUCCGAGACGAUGUGUACCGAACUGCGUAUUGA